ACCCAGUUUGAGUCUAAACAAUGAGCCUCUGCUCCCCUGUCACAUCUCAGUUUGGAUGUCUAGCGAAAUAAAAUAAACGAAACAAAUCUUUUAAAGAAAGAAUGAACAUCGGUUGCAGCUCGUCUGUAAAAAAUGGAUUAAUUUACGCAGGUUUUAAUCAAGAUCAAGGAUGUUUUGCUUGCGGAACCGAAAACGGAUUUCGAAUAUAUAAUUGUGAUCCUUUAAGGGAAAAAGAGAGGCAACAUUUUGUUGAUGGUGGAGUGGCACAUGUUGAGAUGCUUUUCAGAUGCAAUUAUUUAGCCCUGGUAGGGGGUGGCAACCAACCAAAAUAUCCCCCAAAUAAAGUACUUAUUUGGGAUGACCUUCAGAAACGACCAGUAAUAGAAAUUGAGCAAUCUAGUUCAAUCAAAUCAGUUCGUUUGAGGAGGGACAGGAUUGUUGUGGUCCUUGACACAAUGGUGAAGGUCUACACGUUCACACUUGUUCCUCAACAACUACAUGUGUUUGAAACCUGUAUGAAUUCUUGUGGAUUGUGCACUCUAUGUCCCAGCAGUACUAACUCUUUAUUGGCACUUCCAGGACGUAAGCCUGGUCAAGUGCAACUCAUAGACUUGGCACGUACAGAGAAGGCUCCUGUUGAGAUAGCGGCCCAUCAAGCUGCCCUCUCCUGCCUGGCGCUUAACUCUCAAGGUACACGGUUAGCAACAGCAUCUGAAAAGGGCACGCUAAUUAGGAUAUUCGACACAUCAUCAGGUAAUUUGAUCAGUGAACUAAGACGAGGGGCACAACCAGCAACAAUUUAUUGUUUGAAUUUCAACUCUGAUUCGUCACUGCUUUGCGCGGCUAGCGACCAUGGUACAGUUCAUAUUUUCGCAGUGGAGGAUUCCAAAAAGAAUCGACAUUCUUCAUUGUCAGCGAGCUUUCUUCCCAAGUACUUUUCGUCACAGUGGUCCUUCACGAAAUUCGACAUUCCUGGUAGUCAUCAGUGUAUCUGUGCCUUUGGAGCGGAACCCAACUCAGUGAUAGCUAUUUGUGCUGAUGGAUCGUACUAUCGUUUCGUUUUCAACUCAAAGGGCGAAUGCACCCGUGACAAGUACGCCCAGUUCUUGGAAACGGACGCCAGUGAUUGAAAUUGUAGCUAAAAGCAGCCACGAAUUUGUAUCCAACACUCGAUCCCUCUUUUUUUUCUGUACAGUACGCCAUUUGACGCUUGGAUGAUGUAUUCAAGUUGUAUAAGAGAUGCUAGAUGAAAACCAAACUAUACUGUCGGUUAGGUCUAGAAAACAUUUCAUCAUAUAUCGUUAUCUUGAUUGACAUACACACACCGCAUUGUUAAAACAUUUCAGCGUGAAGCCAGCUCUCUCUUUCUACUGAAUGCCAUGCAUCUCCGGGAGAGUUAUUGUAUCGUGGUAGGGAAAAAAAAAAUCAAGUAAAACGUAAAAGUGCGGGUAUAUUGUAAGAACAAACUUUUUCUAUACGGUUUUUGUUUAUUCACAUUGGACGGUUCCAAAUUGAUUUGUUGCGCUUUAAUUCUAGUUCCCAUUUUGCUCGCGUUAUGUUCCUUGUAGCUCGAUUCGAAAAAUCAAGAAUAAUUAAAUAAAAUACACGAAAAAUAGAUUUCA